UUUAGCAGGCACUCUUAUCCAGUGUGACUUACAGCUGUUGUUACAAUUGGAACACACCACAGAUCAAUGUGAUGGCAUUUUAUCUUCUUAUCACUCUGGGAUUUCGAUUCAUUUCAGCGGAGUCACUUCUGCCUCCACCACAAAACGUUGAGGUGGUCUCUUACAACAUGGAUGCCAUAGUUAAGUGGGACGCUCCCCUUACUUCACUGAAAAACCUUACCUACACAGCUGAAUACAGAAGGCCUUCAACUGCCUUCUUCCACACCGUAUGUAAAGCCACCAAAGAGCACAGGUGUGACUUCGGCGAACUUCCCAGUUGCCAUGGAAAUUAUCAAUUCAGAGUGAGGAUAGAGUUAGAGGGAAAUACCUCCAGUUGGGCAAAAACCUCAAACUUCUCUCUUAAGAAAGGAACCGUAAUUGGUCCUCCAAACGUAACCUUGGUCACCAAGGGAGGAGCUUUUGGAGCUGUGGAGGUGAACAUUCAGAAUCCGGUGCUAAAGAUCUCAUCGCUGAAAAAAGCCUAUAGCAACGUGGAAUACAAUAUCAGAUACUGGAAGAAGAGUGACAAGAAGGAUGUGUCUGAGAGAGAGAUGGUGACUGAGCAACGUGUUAAACUGAAGCCACUGGAGCCCAACACUAGAUACUGCGUUCAGGUCCAGGUGUACAUACCGAUGCCGCACAACAAUACGGGGCAGUACAGCAAGGCCGCGUGUGUGAUGAGCACCUCAAACAACACAACCACAGAUGGGGAGCGAAGGUUGUCUGAGGGCCUGGUGGUCAGUUUGGUGACGAUAGCUGUGGCUUUUCCACUACUACUCCUAGUCCCCUGGAUCAUCUACAAAGGGAAAAGGUUUCUCCAUCCCAAGGUUAAGCUGCCUGAGCAUUUGAAACAGCACCUGAUUGAUUCUCAUCAAUACCCUUACCUGGCCUCGCAGAUCACCUCUCCUCUACAAGAGAAGUAUGAUCAGAUCAGCGCUCUGUGUGAGGAAAAUCCAUACAAUGUGUUGACUGACAUACCAGAGGACAACCUUUACCAUGUGGAUAGUGGGGUCUCUGUGGAGAUGCCUGAAUACUACAAUGCUGUUGAUGAAAAUGCCAAUUUUGACAUGCCCUACAAGAAUAUCUGACAAUGGUAUCAAGACAUGAGCUAAUGUAAUCAUUCUGUAUAUGGGCAUAUGGAAUCUGAGGAUAACAGGUAGUCAUGAUGGAUUGUAAGCCAUUAACAUUAACGUGUUCAUUAGGGGCUGAGGCCCUUCAGCAUAAAUAUUUUAACUUUUCAGUGUUUUUCCUCUUCAAUUUUCGUGCUUACAAAACCGUAUUGAACUUCAUACUUUUCAUAUUUUUUUUACAUACUGUGUAUAUACUGUAUAUACACGGUACCAGUCAAAAGUUUGGACACCUAC